AUUUCAAUGGGGUGCUCGAGAAGGACCUCUUUGUGAUGAGCCCAUCAGAAAUGUGAAGUUCAAAAUUGUUGAUGCAAAAAUUGCACCUGAGCCAUUGCACCGUGGAUCUGGUCAGAUCAUUCCCACAGCUCGUCGAGUGGCCUAUUCAUCAUUUCUUAUGGCAACCCCAAGGCUUAUGGAACCUGUAUAUUAUGUGGAGAUCCAAACACCAAUUGACUGUGUCUCUGCAAUUUACACCGUUUUAUCUCGAAGACGUGGACAUGUUACAGCUGAUGUUCCUCAACCGGGGACUCCAGCUUAUAUCGUCAAG